GAAUACCUUCCUGGUUUAAGAUCUAUGUGUUGUCUUUAGACGGAAAGAAAGGAAAUGGCGACAGCAUCACCUUCUCACGACAUCAGUCAAGAGAUUCCCGAAUCAGAUAGGGAUAUAACAUUAUGGACAAGAAAUCAUAUUGAAUAUUUCCGACACGACAUUGAUACCCUAAAACUGCAAACACUAGCCGCUUCGAAGGCAUAUAAAGAUUUAUCGAAAGAACAAGUAAAUAUAGAAAGGAAAUCACACAGAGACAAAAGUAAAGAGCUUCACGGAUGUAUUGACAAGUAUCAAAACUGUAUAUCGGUUUUGCAGAAAGCAUGUGACAAGAUUUCUGGGGUUGUGAAUAACAUAAAUACUAACGUACCUCUGGUUGAAAAAAGAUCAACAUUUGAUGGCAGAGGCAAGAAAAAGAACAAAUAUUAUUUCCAUCAGCCGGAAUGCGACCGCUGUAACAGAAAAGAUGAUGAAAUCAUGAAGCUUGAAUCAGAUUUGGCAAGCCAAAGAAGAAUGAAUGAUGAAAAAGAAGAACUUCUUGGACGAUUGCAAAUGGAGACUGAAGAGAAGGAGAAUGUUCUAAUAAGAACAAACCAAGAAAUGGAACGAAAAAUUAAAAAGCAUGAAGUAGAAACCAAACUAAAAGAAGAGGAAUGUCAAGAAAAAACAAAACAAACGGAAAUACAAAUUGCCAAGUAUGAAGUAGAACUCAAGAGGAAAGAAGCGGAAUGUCAAGAAAAAAUAAACAAUGAUGUGAAAAGAAAAAUAGAAGAAAAUGAAGAACAGACAAAGAGAAAAAUAAGGAGACACGAAGAAGAAAGUAAAAGAAAAGAAGCUGAGUACCAAGAAAGAAUGCAAGACGUAAUAGAAAGACUUCGUGGUCAAUUACAGAUAGAGAUUGAAGCGAAAGAGAAUGCUCUGCAAAGAAUAAAAGAAACAGAAAGACAAAUUUUAACGUAUGAAGUAGAGCUCAAAAAAAAGGAAGCGGAAUGUCAAGAAAAAAUAAAUCAAUGUUUGAAAAGUAAAAUAGCAGAUUAUGAAGCAGAAACAGAAAGAAAAAUACGUAGAUACGAAGAGGAACUUAAAAGGAAAGACGCUGGGUACCAAGAAAGAAUGCAAGUGGAAAACGAAAAGCUUUGUAGUCAGCUUCGAACGGAGAUUGGAGCGAAAGAGGAAGCUCAACGAAGAACAAAAGAAACGGAAAUGCAAAUUGCAACGUUUGAACUUCAACUAAAACGGAUAGAAACUGAAUGUCAAGAAAGAAUAAACACAGAUGUUGAGAGAAAAAUAAUGGACUAUGAAGAAGAAACAAAGAGAAAAAUAUUUGGAUACGAAGAACACAUUAAAAGGAAUAAAACUGAUUACCAAGAAAGUCUAAGAAGAAUUCAAGACGAAAACGAAAGUCUUCGUAGUCAGUUGCAGAUGGAGACUGAAACGAAAGAGAGUGCUCUACGAAGAAUAGAAGAAACGGAAAUACAAAUUGCCAAGUAUGAAGAAGAACUCAAGAGAAAAGAAGCGGAAUGUCAAGAAAAAAUAAACAAAGAUGUGAAAGAAAAAAUAGCAGAAAAUGAAGAAAUAACAAAGAGAAAAAUAAGGAGAUACGAAGAAGAAAGUAAAAGAAAAGAAGCUGAGUACACGGAAAGAAUACGAGAGGUAACAGACAGACUUCAUGGUCAAUUACAGAUAGAGAUUGAAGCGAAAGAGAAUGCUCUACGAAGAAUAGAAGAAACAGAAAGACAAAUUUCAACGUAUGAAGUAGAGCUCAAAAGAAAAGAAGGGGAAUGUCAAGAAAAAAUAAACCAAUGUUUGAAAAGUACAGCAGCAGAUUAUGAAGACGAAACAAAAAGAAAAAUAUUGAGAUACGAGGAAGAACUUAAAAGGAAAGAAGCUGGCUACCAAGAAAGUCAAAAACGAAUGCAAGAUGAAAACGAAAGGCUUUGUAGUCAGCUGCAAAUGGAGAUUGGAGCAAAAGAGGAUGCUCAACGAAGAACAGAAGAAGCGGAAAGAACACUUGAAGAGUAUGAAGUAGAACUCAAAAGAAAAGAAGUGGGAUAUCGUGAAAUGUGCAGAAUAAACGAAGAUAUGGAAAGAAAAUUACAAAAAUAUGAAGAAGAAACAAACAGAAAAAUAUGGGGAUACGAAGAAGAAAUGAAACGAAAAGAGAUGGACUACCAAGAAAGCCAAAGAAGAAUGUACGACGAAAUGGAAAGGCUUCGUGGUAAACUCCAGACGGAGACUAAAGCGAAAGAGGAUGCUCUACGAAGGUUCAGUUCAAUAGCUUCAAGCACAUUGCGGGACAACAACCCUAACAUCACUGACCUUAGUGACCAGAACAGACCCACUAAAAUAGCGGAGCGUUUGUCAGAGUUGUACGACAAUCAGUGGACGGAUGCAUUUGAUGCGCUAGAGGGUUCUAUGUCGGAAAGACAGAUAAUUCAAACUCUGCUGGACACUUUAAUGAAUGCGUAUGAAGAAUGUUGCAAACUUUCGAGUGAAAAUUUCUACGAGAGGAUCCAAAACUCCAUUGAGUCUCCACUUGGGCCGAAUAGCAGACCAUCGACGGCAGUUGUCUUACCUGAACAGCUAAAACAGCAAAUUAAAGAAUUUCGCAAAUCCCGAGCAGCAUUUGUUAUCAAAGACCUGGAAAGGGUUAUUACACCAAAACUUCAAAUACCUAGCAUUCAUUUAGAUGCAAUGCAAACGUACUUAUCGCAAUGUGUCUGGAUUGGAUGGUUCUGUGCCGUCCAGGAUCCUCCACUGGUGUUGAGUAUAUCUUCGUCAAGUAAGUUUGACACCAGCUGUUACAAGGAAUACACAAAACGCGGCCCAUACGUUCAAUUCAUAGUCUGGCCUGCUUUAUUGCUACAAGCACAAGGCGCUAUGUUAUGCAAAGGUAUUGCACAAGGUUGUGAUAGUCCGCCUGAGAAAUAAACUGUGCCAGCCUAACAGCAGGCUUACAGACAACAAGUCGACAAGACACUACGCACUGAUAAAGCUGACAUCUUUAGAACACAGCCUAAAUUAUUAUACGAAUGCGAGGCAUGUCUAAACAUCAAGUUCAAAGUUUAGAAUCGCUAUAUGCUUAUACUGGUGGAUGAAGAAGAUGUACCCACGAUUCAUUUGUCAUCAGCUGCAUUUCUUCUUCAAGAACAGACUUUAGGCUGCGUUUUAAAUGUAUGCCGGCUUACAACAAUAUACUUUUAUUGCGGCUAGGAGAAUAUUUUACGAAACAUAACGAUUUAGAUAUUAUCGUUUUACUGUAGUCAAUAGUAAUAUGUUGUUUUGUUUCUGUACGUGUAGAAGUGAGUAGUACUAAUAAAUAAUGCCGUCAACAAUACUAUAAUUGUAUAAAAUCUAUUAUAUAUCGUAUUUUUGUCAAGGGAAGCCAAUUUUGUCAAUACACAUGUAAACAUACAUUUGUAUCAUUUCCGGAUUAUUUUGUGUCAUUUUGUUUUUAAAGGUUCGUUUUAGCAAUUCAAAACUUUAAAAGGCUUUGCCAAGCUAUAAUUACUAUUGAAAGAAAGUACGUAUUAAUUCUUCUUUCUAUGUACUUUAGCUUGUAAUUAAUCACGUUGUGAAUACCAUAUCUUACAGUUUGAUUUCUGUGUUACUAUAACUAGUACUAGCAUUUAACUGAGUGAGUGAGUUGGGUUUUACGGCGAAUCGACACAAAAUGGGCAUAUAUCGCCGCAUAUAACUGAGAGCCCAAAUGAACCAAAUCUAACUUUCAUCAGCUUUGUCUUCUUCGGACUGCAUGUAUGUACAUGCUAAUGUUUCAGAAGCUGUAUACAUAUAUUUGUAGUUGUGAUGUAUUUCAUUUAAGAAAUUUAGCGCGUUGUGAGUUAUAUAUUUGCCUUGUAUUUAAAUAAUACUGCCAAUACAUUUUUCAAACCGUGAUUCAUUUCUAACAUUUACAGAUUUGUUUCAUUUAUUUUUAUUUUUAUUUAUUUUAUUUGAUUUAUUCAGUGCUAAGCUUUUUAGAAGGUACAGACCUCUUUAAGGAUGAAAUUGUCUAGUCAUAGCGGUUGUUCUUAUGUCAUAUUCAAUAGAGAGAAUUAGGUAAAAAGCAAGUACAUGUAUUUUAAGUGACGACUUUUAACAAGAGCGUGAAAUCUAAAGUUGGUUGUGACUUCGGAAUUCACUUUGGUUUAAAGAUACAGUUCUUUCGAGAAAAAAAUACGCAUUUUGCUAACGUCAGACAUAAAUGCAAGGACGUUCAUUCUACAAGAAAGGGUGCUAAAGGCAGCUAACUAGCAAAUAUUUACCGUCUUAUGUGUAAAUGUGUCCCGCAUAUACAGCCCAGAGCUCCAGAUAAGAUUUUAGGUUAAAGGGUAUUUUACCCCCUAGUUUUUUUUUCAAAGGGUAUUUUACUCCUAGAUAUUUUUUCAAAAGGGUAUUUUAGAAUUCUAAACGGUUUUUCAGAAUUCGAAAUCAUUUAAAAGGGUAAUAAUAAUAACUGUUUUUUUGUGUUUGUUUGUAUAAUUUUCUGAUAUUCAUGUGCUCCGCUGAAGUGCCUUUGCCGACCAAUGCUGUUUUCCUGUAUAUUUUUUGAGCCUUCAUUCAAAUAGUUUUUACAUUUUGUUUACGGCAUACAUUACAUCUUAAUUUCAGUUACUGACCACUGCGAUAUAUCAACAGCCAGUGAUUCUUUGACUGUCAAUGUUUUUUUUUCAGUAAUAUCCACAUGUAUGGUGCUUCGGCUUUUUCAACAGUUACCCAUAAUAUAUCACAGAUCGCGUGCUUAGCGAUAGGCAUUGUCCGAGUCAUCUCUUGUCACACACUUUUAAUAUAUUUGAAGAAGAAAAUGGCAUUAUUUUACGAUAUCGUUUGCGUUAAGGUGGCAGGGGAGUGCAGAUUCGCGAAUUCCACAUUGACGUGUGGGUACCAGUGUUGAAAUAUCCAUAAAAAUCUCGUUUUUGCUUAUUUUUCUUUGAAACUACUAUGGACUAUUGCAGAUACUAUAGACUACAUAAAGACGACUCUCCGGUCCUAUGCACCUGUCGCUUUUCAUGCCAGAUAUAGUGAAAAUUGGCCAAAUCACCCAAAUUUUAUAGACCAAAAUUAGCCUAACCGGGCCUCACUUUGAACUCUGCCAUUCAUCCAUUUUGUAUUUUUAAAUCCAAUUUCGUAGCAUAUAUGUAUAGUGCGAACAUAGAUGCAUACCCAGGUGGUGUGGAAUGUGUCUCCCAACCACCACUUUAUUUCCCUAAUUUUCACUUGAAAAAAAGUGGAUGGAUGACAGCCGAGCGUCUGGCCGACUUUUUGUUCUGAUGUUUAUGUUUUAGCCUCAACCAGAAGUACGGAGCUAGGAAUUUUAAAACACCCGCCAUGUAGAAUCAUUAACCGUUCCUCAUUCCCUAGAUAUAUUAAAGAAUUAAUAAUGAUAAAUAACCAGUAAGAUAGAUAUGCCUUUAUAUCUACCCUGUCCUGUUUAUACAGAAAAUCGACCGGGGCCAAACUACGAAACCGCUCCCCUGCCACCUUAAGUUUUUAAGAUGUUUAAAUAAAAUAAAAUAUAACCUGUCCUGAAUCCUAAGACACUUAUAGUGAUAUCAACUGAACAAAAAGUGUUGCCGUACCUUGCAAGAUAGCCGGUGAAUAAGCCAACAAAAGUGCCCACCCCUCCACGCAAAAAUCAGCCAAAAUUUGCAUUCUGAAUCAAAGUAACCCCGAAAAACUAUUUACUGCCUUUAAAGUUAAUUUCACACGAUAUUAACAUUUUAAAGCCUUUCAAAUGUUAAAACCAUGUACUUUUAACAUAAUUUUGGUAUACAAAUGCAGAUUACCGUACUUAUCCUAUCGGGACACCCCUUAAAGGCCACCCAUCCAUCAUUUGGGGCCACCCCAUCCAUUAUAUAGCUUAAUGGCAUUGCUAGAUAUAGACACAGGUGUUGCUUUUAAACAAAAUGGCAUGAAUAGUCAUUAUCUAGGCACUAAUUUCUUCUUUUGGCCGUUUUAUGAUACGAAUCCUACAGGCUGGGGGUCCUUAGCUUCAUUAUUAUAUGGCCACCUACUGCCAUUUUGGGACUCGCUAGGCCGAAUUUAGUACUUAGAAAUGAAUAAAAACCACUAUAGGUUGCAGUUCAUUCCGUAAUGGGUUUAAAUACAUGCAAAAUGUCAAUAUUUGAGUGGUUUGAAAAUUUGCCUAUUUUCCUUAAGGUGGCAGGGAAGUGCAGAUUCGCGAAUUCCACAUUGACGUGUGGGUACCAGUGUUGAAAUAUCCAUAAAAAUCUCGUUUUUGCUUAUUUUUCUUUGAAACUACUAUGGACUAUUGCAGAUACUAUAGACUACAUAAAGACGACUCUCCGGUCCUAUGCACCUGUCGCUUUUCAUGCCAGAUAUAGUGAAAAUUGGCCAAAUCACCCAAAUUUUAUAGACCAAAAUUAGCCUAACCGGGCCUCACUUUGAACUCUGCCAUUCAUCCAUUUUGUAUUUUUAAAUCCAAUUUCGUAGCAUAUAUGUAUAGUGCGAACAUAGAUGCAUACCCAGGUGGUGUGGAAUGUGUCUCCCAACCACCACUUUAUUUCCCUAAUUUUCACUUGAAAAAAAGUGGAUGGAUGACAGCCGAGCGUCUGGCCGACUUUUUGUUCUGAUGUUUAUGUUUUAG